AUGGACCUGGGUCAGACAUACAUCUUCUCCUUCUCUACCAACGUCUGUCUCGCGCGUGUGCCUGAAACGCCGCACCACGCACGCGUGCAGGCCCUGCUGAAUCCACCGGCAUCAUCCUCGACAGGGCAGGCACAUGAAAAGACUGGCGACGGUAUGUUUGCGGUGCGCCUCAUUCUGGCGAACCACUGCCCGGGUGCGGUGAUGUUUCUCUUUGCGUCACCAGUUUUUGGGACCGUGCUACACACCGGCGACUUUCGCUUCAACGGGUCGCGGGAGACCUGGCAUCAGUUUGUGCGGUCCUCCAACGGGAGGCAGACGUACGUGCCGCCGCUGCCGUGCCUGAUAAAACGAGGAGAGGAGCAGGAUGCAUCGACAGUGACGGCGCCAGCAGUUGCGGCGCCGCCCGCUCCGUUUUACGAGCAGUUCAUCGCAGAUGACGAGGCACUCCGGGACGUGGCGCAUCGGCAGCUCCUCGACGUACUUCUCUUAGACAACACCUUCUGUGCGCCAGCGUACAGGUUUCCCUCGCAAUGGGAAGUAACGCAGAGGGUGAUCGAGGUACUUCGGUCCCUCUUCCACCGCGCCGCUUGCCGUGCCGGAGUCGCGGUGCCCUCGACCGGGCAUCCGCAGCGUCGUCAAGUGCGUUGCGCCGUCUUAAUUGGGUCCUACACGAUCGGGAAGGAACGUGUUGCGUUGGCGCUGCGGGACGCCUUCCCUCUUGUAGGGUCUUCUGAGCAGAGCCACGCAAGAGACCCCAUAAAAGGGUCCCAGUGUCACACCAACGCCUCAGAGCGUGCAUCGUGGCGGAUUCGUGUCUCACCAAGUCGGUAUGCCCUGCUGUCCUCGAUAGGGUUCUUCGAAGAGUGCUUUGAACCACUGAAGACUUCCCGCUUGAGCGAGAAAGCCGGGACCCCGUGCAGCACGGACAAAGAUGCCUCGUCAAAACCACCGACAGAGACGGCUCACGUCCACGACGUGCCAGUUCUGUUGCCGGUGCUGCUUGGUGAGUGCAAUACAGAAGGCUUGCAACGCAAGAAUGUCGCCAGCGACCUGGCCUAUAAGACGGAGGAGACUCCUGCCAGCGCCGCUCCCUCCGUACGACCGUCAUUGGCGGUCGACCUCGACACGCUGGACGGCGCAGGGAACCAGUCAGCCGCCGAGGGACGGGCGGAGGAGGUGGAGCACCUUCUCAGUGUCUUUCUGGUUCCCAUGGCCAGCGUAGGCUACCGAGCAGUGGCUGCGCUGGCGCACGCCGACGGUCCGGCGGUGGUGGACAUGGAGGACGGCCUGGCGCUUAACCUGGAUCACUACGAUCAGGUACUCAUUGUGGAGCCAACGGGGUGGUGCAAGCGCUGCGUGGCUCGAGAGGUGUCCCAGAAAUAUACUCUUCUCCGUGUGCCAUACAGCGAGCACUGCGCAUUUCACGAGCUCCUCGAGUUUGUCGAGUUCGUGAACCCGGCGCGCGUGGUGCCGACCGUGUCCGAGGAGGGCUUCAAGCAGUACGAGGCACUCUUUGUGGAGAAAGCACCACGCCUCCGCAGUCGCGUGUCCAAUGUUCAGCCCAUCACACGGUUCUUCUCGGUGCUACCGGCGCAUCAAGCAGAGGCGCCGGCUGGCAAGAGGAAGGACGAUACGAAAGCCACUGUGGCCUCUUCACCUGCCUGUACGGUGCUUGACGGAUCCUCCGUCUCUUUGGCGGGAGCCAUCCCAGUCGAAGAGCCUGCUGUGGAUGAUGCCAGAACGGUGGCUACGGCCCCAGCAGUGGCGCGGAAGAGAGCGCGCACGCAACUACACGCCGCAACGGUUGCUGCACCGACAUUGGCAACGACGGCGGUUGCCGCCAUGUCGAGCAUCGCGUGCACUCUUGAGCGCCUUUUUCAGAAGGUCAAGCGAGACGCAGCGCACCGAUCGCCUGAGAGACAGCGUCUGGAAGAGGUGGUGGCGGGUGAAGAUGAUGACUGCCAAGUGGUGGGCGUGGUGCAGGCGGUCGUGGAAAUCAGCGAUGACGACUGA